CUUUGCGGCUGAUUUGCGGUAGCGGCGCCCAGGUUCCACAUGGCAGUGUGUGUUCCUGUGCUGUAGGGUCUGUCGGUUCAGUUGGGUUUAUUUUAUUUAUUUAUUUAAAACGUAGCGCGAUGGGAAAGACGAAGAACGCGAGGUUUAAGCGCGCGCAGUUUUGUCCGGAUGGACUUCCGGUAAAAGCUGUGAAACGCGCCGCUGAAGAUGAGGGUGAAGAAGAAGAGGUUGAGUCUCCGCAUGCAGAAUUACUGGAAAAGUUGCAGAGUCCGAGUGCAGAUAUACGUGAGUACGCGUGUGCGAGUAUUUCCCGGGUGGUUCAGCAGAGUCAGACGAUCCCGGGCUUCCUGCACAGAGACGCAGUGAGGAGGUUAGCACCGCUUCUUCUGGACAGCAGCCUGGCGGUCAGAGAGACGGCCACCGGAGCGCUCAGGAACCUGAGUGUGUGUGGUGGAGCGGAGGUGUGUGAGGACAUGGUGAGGCAGGACGUCCUCACUCCUCUCACCGCUCUGCUGAACGAGUGCUGCAUGGGGGUGCAGGUGAGCUCCAGUCCCGGGAAGAAGGACCAGAAACCGACAGUCGAGGAUGUAGCCAAUGAAGCUGUGAAUUUACUCUGGAAUCUCUGUGAGAGCAGCAGUACAGCAGUGUCGGUGUUUAAUAGAGCGAGACUUCUGGAUGUUCUGUUGCCCUGCAUUGAGAAACAUCCACACAACAUCCAGCUCGCUUUAUCAGCAGCACACUGCUUGCACACAGUGACCGAGGAUAACUCCGACCUGACAGGAAGUGUGAACGGCGCCGUUUUGGCAGCUUUAGAGAACGUGUUGCUCUCCACACACUCCAGCAUGGAACAUGUUCUCUUACGCACUCUGGCUGCAGGAACCGUGUGGAACCUGAAGAGCUGUCUCUCCUCCUCCCGUCAGGCCGAGGCUCUCUCUGCCGUGGUGAAGACUCUGGCACACUGUCUCAGUCUGGACGCCGGAGCGCUGAUCCCAGACCUGUGGCAGAGAGAGUCGAGUCGCCUGGCCAGCGGCGGCACGGCUGAUCCGGAGUCAGCCGGGGUGGAGGAGCAGCAGGCCGGGGCCAGCGUGCAGGAAGAAGAGGAGAUGGACGAGGGAGAGAUAAAGAUGAAUAGAGGAAAGAGGAACGGGAAAAAGAUGGAAAAAGAUUUUGCUGCUUUUCUGCCUAGGGACAAACCGGAGCUGAGAGAAGCCGUAGCACUACUGACAGCACAGCAAACAUCCCUGGAGAUCGUUGUCAACAUGUGUUGCUCAGAUGAACCCUCCGAUGACGAGUGGGAGGAGAUGUCGAGCAGUGACGAGAGUGAGAUAUGUGCCGACGGUGUGGCAGACGGGAACUCCAGCCUCUUCUCUCCUCUCUGCCUUUCUGCAGAGUUACACACAACACUGCUGAAUUACAGCAUACCACAGCAGGUCCUGAAGAAAGCGGAGUUUCCCAGCCACGCUGCUCUGGAGGUUUGCGGCAGGAAUCCAGCGUGGAAGUGCCUCGUUAAGAAAAUGCAGCGGGUGCAGUGUCGGGCUCUGACGUGUCUCCAUAACAUGCUGGCUGUGAUGGACGUGGAGUGUUUGGGUGGAGCUGCAGGACUGCAGGCCGUCGCUCAGCACCUCUCGUCUCUGAUCUUUAGCUCAGCAGAUGUUUUGAAAGAUGAGGAGUUCUUGGAGGCCGUAACCAGUGCCAUGCGCUCGCUGCUCCAAAUAAUGGCCUCCAAAAAUAUCCCUCAGUGUAUGAGCCCUCAGCAGUUGAUGAGCGUGUGUGAAGCAGCAAUGCGGUGUGAUGUGGUGAGUGUGAGGGUGAACGCUCUGGCCAUUCUGGGCAUCACAGGAAGCACGCUGGCUAAAGACAAGGGAUCUGCUGAGACACUGCAGCUGAUAGGAAACGCACUGCUGAAUGUAGCGUCUAAAGACGUGAACCUGGUGGCGUGUGGAGAGGCGCUGGACGCUCUGUUCGAUGUUUUUGCAGACGGCGAGGAGGCAGAGCGAGCGGCACAAAACCUCAACCUGCUCGCAGCUCUGAAAUCCCUGCAGCCUGCGUUCACUGCCAAGAUCCGGAAGGAAGGCCGAGGGAAGUACAGCCCGGAUCAGCUGUGCGUCCUGGACAACGUCAAGGUUAACCUGCGCAGGUUCAUCGGCUACCUGGAGUCACUGCGCAAGAAAUAGGAAACGGAAGUCAGACACGACAGACUUGACUGCACAUGAAUGUGAGGUUUUGGAGUUUAAAGCUCCAAUCAGGAAUCUGUGGAACUGGCAGGCCAGUUUUUCUUUUUUUUUGUGUGUGACUGCAAUUACAGAGAACAACAACACGUACUCUAUAUUCUAGAUUUGAGUGGCAGUUAAUUUAGGAAUGAGAAUUAAAAAAUAUGAUUACAAGAAUUUAGUGUAUUAAAUAAUACCCUAGUCCAAGAGAUAAAAUAUUACUGAGGGUGGUCUUUAGCAGUAUCAGUAUAAUUACCUAUUUACUUUUACAAUAUAAAUAUUUUCAAUAUUAUAUCCUUUAUAUUGAUCACUUGGCUAGAUUAAUUAUCAUUAAAGAAAUGAAUGGAGUUUGACAAAGAACAAAAUUCAACAAAUUCAAAUUCAUUUGCUUUAUGUCCAAAGAAAAUAACUCUAUCAGUGGUUAUUAUCAGUUAUUUUUAAUUAUUACAGUAUAUAAUUACUCGAGUGAAAUUUCUUUCUUCAUUUUUAAUAUCAUGCCUCUGGGUUCACAGAUCUGAUCAUUUGCUGCCAUUUAGUUUUACAGCCUAAUAUGGUGUGUAACUAGAAAAAUGAAAUUACAUUUUAUUUCUGGAAAUAUGUCAAGUGCAAACAUGUGUUGAAGUUCUGACGCUGGUUUGGCCGUUCCUGAUUGGGUCUUGAAGGACAAACCCAAAUAUUCGUCUGAAAAAAAGUAGCUUUUCUAGCAGUAAAUAUUACACGACAUGAUGGGGCAUUGAUUUUGCCUUGAAUAGAGAUGUUUGAGUACUUGAAAGUUGAUAAAGUCACAAGAGUGGGAAUUAAAAUACCAGAUUUAACGGGAAUAUCGGAGGAUUACGUGUAAGACAUUGUGGAUCAGAGCGAACAGUAGCCCGUUCUGUUAUGCAGUGUGUAAAAAGAGCCUUAUGAGUGGUUAUGUUUGAGGUUAUGGAAGCGUUAACGGUGAUUAUUUGCGAAAACAUAAGCUGAAAGAUAUCCUGUGUGGUUAUAUGUAAGCAAGCAUCUAAAAGAGUAAGGUAGGACCUUUAUAUUUUCUUGUCUCAUUCUCUGUUUCAGUGUUUAACGGUUUUUGCAAAAUAUAUCAAAUGUCCUUUCCUAACCUUCUUGUUGUGUGCAUGCUUGGUGUCUGGUGUUGCUUCUUUACUUUUGGAACGACGGAAGCUUGCGUGCAUCAGCGACUGGAAAUCUGUCUCACCCAAAAUCCUUUCCUUAAAUACAUGACCACAUCUUUGUGUACUUGCUUCACACGUGAUUAAUCUUAUUUAUACUACAGCGCUGUUGAAUUCUCUCAGGUGUUGAUUCAUUUUCUAUAACAGCAGUUUAUAUUAAUGUACACAUUAGCGUUUCUAUAGUAACAGCUCAUUCACAACCACUAAUAAUAAACAGAUUCAUAAAAAAAAAACCAUAUGAUUCCGUUUUCUGUAAAGAAUCGUUUAUUUAUUGGAAGGAGUCUCCAGUGUCAGUGAAACUUUUGGUUUUACUCCACAGCAAAGUCUUCAGGAUGGAGGAAGUGAUGUAACAAACUGCUUUUUUUUGUCUAAUUAACUUCAAGAGAAAUUGAACAAACGAUUAUUUAUAUCUGCUGUAACGUAUGUGACUUUUUUUCAAGAACAAUCCACGACAUUAAAUGUAACAGUAAAUGGAUAAAUUGAAUGACAUGAUGUUAAUCAAUGUUGUUUAAAUAAAACUUAUAGUUGUUGCCAGAUUGCUGUGCUAAUCAAAUAAACCCCUUCAGGGUGGUAACUAAUUCCAUUUCACGCUGGAGCCACGUCGCAUUUCAUCACCCCACAGCUGAUUAUUUUCCUGUAACAGCACAACAUGGAGUGCUUUAAGAUUUACUUAAUAUCCUCAUUAUAGGAAAGAUACUAAAAGAUAGUAAUAUAAUUUCACUUUGACCUUCAAUACAAUAGUAAGGAUAAUCCAUAUUCAUAAUGUUGUGUGAUUUUUUUUUUUUUUUUUUUUUAAGAUUUCAUAGCUGAACCAUUCAGCAUUCAUUGUUUGAAGUAAAUAUAUGAAGAUUUGUGAAUAUAUUUACAGAAAUGAUUCUGUUACUUCAUGUUCACGGCAUUAGGCUUGUAGCUCCUGGACAGAACUAAAGAAGCAAACAUCAGACACUAAAUAUUACAGAAAUACGUUUCUCUUCCUGCUCUUGUGUAGAAUUGAUUACACAGAUAUUAUCUCUGAUAAGGUGUUUAAAAAAAGUGUGAAAUUUUCUUUUAAAUAUGUUGAUUGGUUAUUCUCCCAAGACCUUCUUUGGAUUAUUUUUUCAUUUUAUAAAUGGACGUAAGAUAGAGCUCUGACUGAAAAGAUUUGGUGUGAAUUUUUUGUUUGAUGCUUUACAUGAUUAAAGCAUCACAUUUUUGAUGAUGAA